AUGGCGGAUUCCAAGAGGAAGACAUUUAAAACCGCUGUUGCGGCAGAGAGAGUUAGAACACGUGACAUGACGUCACGUCACCCCACCCGCAAGAGGAAAUUCGAUAUAAAUGAGGGGGAACCAGUUAAAUCCCCUCCAGCGGGUGGAAAAUCGACUGCCGGUGGCCCAACAGCCACCGGAACCAAAUUGGCAGGCUCGAAUACCGUUUCUCCAAUACCAGGGCCCAGUAAUACGGUGACCCUGCAGCCUGCCAAUGCAGCACCAUACAGGUGUCAAAUAUGCGAGAGGCCCUAUGAGACAAAAAGUGGCCUCAACAAACAUCUCCUAACAUGUGGCAAGCGCGAUCGAACUAAAUGCCAAUAUUGCAAAGCAGGUUUUACUACAUACACAGGGGUGCGGCUUCACGAGCAGAGGGCACACCCCGAAGCAGAAAACGACAGCAGGAGGAGGGAACUACGAAGGCCUGAUUCCGAAAUCUAUGAUAUACUGGCAAACAUCGAGAUCCAGUCACAUAAAGGCCCCUUUAUGGCGAAAAUGGUUGCCGAAUCAGGUCUGACGAAGGACCAAAUACGGCAUCGAAGGGAUAAACCCAUCUAUAAGCAAUACCUCGAUGCCGCUAGGAAGAAACAGCAACCAAUCCCUUCUCCCAGUGUGCCCUGUGAGCCGCCCACCUGCCCAACGAACGAGAAGAUCGACCAUCAGGCAGCGACAUCGACGCCACCAACAGCUCGCGACGAUGUAAAAGAGGGUGAGUGCUCCUCCGCGGUUGCGUCCGCACUAUCGCCAAUCACUCCAGAUCCGAUGACAAGCAGGAAGAGGAUUCGGAAUGAAUCGAUGUCGCCUCUGUCGCAGCCUACAGUAAGGAGACCCCGCACCGAUGCAGUCAACCUCACCGCCAACUCCCCCGCACAGGUCGAACAAACCCAGGUGGUCAUUGAACCAGCGCUGCGCGAAUACCUCGCGUCUGAACGCGAAGCAGCGCUGGCCAAUGGGAACGGCCAUCUGGCGGACCUGUGCCAGGCAGGAUCAUCGCUUGCGGUUAAUGAUCUUGCCUCCUAUCUAGACAAUUGGAUAAUAGAAGAUUUCCAAAAAGGGGGAAGGAAAUACAACCCAAAUGGUCACAGAGGUGGACCAAAAUCAAAUUACGGAGGUACUAGACCAGGAAGAGGUCCACGGGUAGAAUCAUACAAAAAGGCCCAGGAUCUCUACCUCCGUAACAGAUCAGCUCUAGUGGAUAAAAUCAUUUCAGGAACUCCACUAGACUCUACUGAAGAGGUACCACCUCUAAAAGCGGUUGAGGAGCUGUAUAGCGGGAUCUUCGAGCGGGCUGCGACGGAGACGAUGACGGUUCAUCCCGAACCACGAAACACCGAUGCCACCACUUUCGCUCCAUUCGAAGAAAGCGAACUAGAGGCAGCCAAAACAGCAUGGGCUAACUCAGCACCUGGUGCUGACGGAAUAACGGUGGCAUCGGUUAAAAAUACGAACAACAGGGUGCUAUGUGUUUUAUAUUCAAUAAUCCUUAUGAGAAACGUGCACCCUGCCAUCUUCCUGCGGUCUAGGACCACAAUUAUAUAUAAAGACGGCCAACGGAGCGAGGCGGCGAAUUGGAGGCCCCUUACUAUCGGGAGUGCCCUCCAGCGACUGAUGCACAGGGCGAUGGCUAACCGCUUGCGGAAGGUCGUCGCCCUGGAAGCCAAUCAACGCGGAUUUAGUACGCUGGACGGCACUCUCGCGAAUUGUAUGAUUUUACACUCAUACAUUCGAAAUAGGGUGUCCUCCAAUAAAGAGUACGCGGUCGCUUCACUCGAUUUGCGGAAGGCCUUUGACACUGUUGGACAUGGGAGCGUUGUGGGAGCUCUCAGACGGUUUGGGGUGGACGAGCGUUCCAUACGUUACGUUGCGACAAACUUGGCAACCUCUGUGACACAGAUUCGGGUGGGGCAGGAAACGACGAGGGACAUUGGGUUUAGCUGCGGUGUAAAGCAAGGGGAUCCGCUAAGUCCGCUACUUUUCAAUCUAGUGAUUGAUGAGCUUCUGGCCGGGCUUAAUAAUGGGGAGCGAGGCGGAACAAUAUUGCCUGGGGUGAGGGUGUCUGCCAUGGCGUUUGCGGACGACAUAGUCUUGCUCGAGGAUCAGGAGGAGAAUAUCCCUCUGGUCCUCGAUGAGAUUGUUGAGUUCGCGAAGUCCAAGGGCAUGGCACUAAACCCUAAAAAGUGCUCAGCCAUGGUCGUGGGAUUGGCGAGGGGUGUCCUGGCGCCUAGGAAAGAUUACAAACUUACGAUUGAUGGACGCCGCGUGGCCAUGGUGACGGAGGUCAACAGCUUCCGUUAUCUUGGCCAUGAAGCGUCCGUCAAAGGACUAAUGCGCCCUUCCCUCGCUAAUCUACCGACCUGGCUGGCCAAUCUUAAGAGAUCCCCUCUUAAGCCGGACCAGAAGUUCGCAAUCCUCAAAAAUCACAUUAUCCCUAAGCUAUUCUAUGGCCUGCAAAACCCAAAGGUGACGGCGGCCACCUUGAGGUCAGUGGAUCGUCUGGUGAAGGGCUGCGUCAAGUCUGUGCUCCAUCUUGCGGAGCACACUCCUGACGCCGCCCUUUACGCAGCGAUACGCGAUGGCGGGCUUGGGGUACAGCAGCUGAAGCUCAACAUUCCUCGUGUUUUCCUGAAUCGACUAACUAAACUAAUCGAAGUCAAUGAUGACCGUGCGCUGUCGGCGGCGUUGCAGAGUGACUGCACGCGUGAGCUAAUGCACAGGCUGGAGCAGCUCACUGGCGAGGUUCCUGCGGUACAGCUUUGGCGGGAGCGACUAAUAGCUUCUCCUACCCUAGCGGGUAUGGAGAAUGCCACCGAUGAUUCGGCUAGUCGCUCCUGGCUUCAGGAAAAACCCAGAGGCUGGACCGGCAGGGACUUCGUAAGGGCUGUCCAGCUAAGGAAUAACAACCUCCCUACAGCUGGUGGCAUGUAUGCCACCGCGGAAAACAAAAUGUGUAGGGCUGGAUGCUCACGCGUGGAGUCGAUCUGCCACGUUCUCCAGCAGUGCCCCAGUACCCACUGGGAAAGGAUCAAGCGUCACAACGAGGUUGCCAAGAAGGUUGCAAAACACUGCCGGGCGAAGGGUUGGACCACCCUGGAGGAGCCGUACGUCCGCCACGGCGACGGAACCCUCUUCAAACCUGACAUAGCUGUCAUGAAGGGGGAACAGGUCGUUGUGGUGGACGUGGGGGUCAACUGGGAGGGGAACAUCCCUCUCGCCCAAACGUACACCAACAAGAAGGCAGUGUAUGACAACCCCAAGUUCCACGACGCUGCCCGGGGAUUAUGGCCUGGAAAGACCAUUUCAGUCCUGCCCAUAAUCCUCGGUGCGCGUGGAAUUUGGCCACGAUGUAACGGUGAGACCUCGUCCACGCUAGACAUCGGUGCUCCCUUGCGACGCUCCUGUGUCCAUUCGGUGCUCAAAUGGGGUGGUACCAUCCACUCGGCCUUCGGUAGACGGGUGUGGCGACGGCGUCCUGCGCCCGCCAGGCGAUAG